AUGUCCUGGCUUCAACUCUUCCGUGUCGCUGUUCUGGGGUGGACAAUAUUCUGCUCCCUCAUACUCCUGGGGCUCGGCGCCCACCUCGUCUCAGUCCUCGGUGGCCAAACCGUUCAGACCUUCGCUUGGGGAGGGCUCGCGGUCGCCACCGCGGUUCUCACCAUCGUCUCUGUGCCCGCCAUGAUCGUCAUUGAUAUGCUGCGCUCGGGGGCCUUCACAUCCAUGAUCGUGGUCGAGAUUGCUUGGCUGAGCUUCCUUGGCGUGCUCUUCCUCGCCACCGGCGGAUCGGCGGCAGCCAACGCGACCACCUUCUGGGGCACGUGCUCGCUCUUUACCGCCACGUUCGAGAGCCUCUGCAACGAGACCUCCGCGGCGGCGGCGUUCGGCUUCCUCGGCUGGCUUCCUCUGUGGGCGUACACGAUCACGCUGCUCAUCAUGCUCAUCAUCCACGCCCAGCGCGGCAACCACGUCUGGCUGAAGUCCGUCAAGGAGGCCGACCUCGCCAACACCGCGGGGCCGACCUCGACGACGGGCCCCGCCGCCCCGAACAUGGGCAUGCACCCGUACCCGCCGUCCGCGGCCGUGUCCCCACAACCGACGGGCUACUCGAGCGGGUCGUACCCGCAGGUGUAG